CAAAACUUCCUCCGCUACGGUGCCGACGUGAACCUCGCAUGCCGUGAUCUCUUCCUGCACCACGCGAAAGUUCCUAUGAUGACCUAAUCUAUUUACAAAUGCUGCCUAACGUCGUAGUUACCAUCGGAGAUGACACGUUGGUGAGGAUGUUGCUGGGCCACGGGGCUGAAAACGGACUGGAGCACCAUAAUGGGGCUUCCCGAACACGAUCCCAGCCUGCUAUCGCAGAUGCUCUAGUAUCAGGACAUUCAAGUACUGUGCGAGUUCUGUCUGAUCAUGGCACGAAUAUCCAAGGUCGCUGUAUAGAAGCUGGUCAGUUAGUCUUGUACAAGGUCAAUACAGGCCACUUGACGAUGCUCCAACUCCUACUGGAGAAUGAGGCAGACGUGAGCAGUCCUCUUCAUCCCGUGUAUCCCCUACGUAACGCAGCCUACUCGAGGGAAUUAUCGGCUGAUAUAGUAAGGUUUAUGCUCGAUUAUGGCGCGAAACGACAGCGCCUGAUCAUGGCCAUGAACGCUCAGCUGCUGCUAGAACGCGGAGCGGUAUUUCCCUGGGAUGCAAUACCCUCGGCUGCUUCCCACACAACACCUGAUUUCAUCCGCCUGCUUAUUCAAUACGGAAACAUUUCUAAUAUCGAGUGGCUAAGGCAGGGUAUAAGGAGGCGGUGGCUUGACAUGUUGCAGCUAAUCCUCCAGGAGGGGAACCUAGGUAUCACACAAUCCUGCAUUAUCCAGCAAAGUGGUGCCGCGAUCAAAGCCUCACGCAAGGAAGGUCACAAACAAUAUGCAGGAUUGCGCCGCAACAAAUUCAUCAGCCCCCGAACAGUCAUAUCUCCAUCUAGUGUCCAGGGCAACUUUGAGGAUGCUGCGGAUGACAUUCUGCGCUACGGCAUUGAUAUGCGGGCGGUUGUUGAUGCGGUGGAUAGUGAAGGUGGGGCCCUGCUCGAUAUAGUCUAG